AUGAUGAUGAGCGAGAAGGUGCGAGUGGCGACGGUGGGUGUGCAAGGGGAUGGCGGUGCCAGCGAUGCCGCCGCCGCUGCUGUUCUUGUGUUGUGUGAGGGGUGCCGGGCCCUGGUGUUGGAAGGGAGCACAGCCAACAUUGUUGGUGAGCAGUUGAAGCAACGACUGCACCGGCGGUACGCCAGUGCUGACGCUGAAAUUGCUGAGGACGCGAAGGAGGAGCAGAAGCAGGAGGGUGACGACAGUUACGAUCCCACGUGCUGCUUCUGCAUGGGCGUGCUCAAGUACUGCACGGACCCGGCAUUGGGGAAGCUGUUGAUGGAGAAUUUGAAGGCAUCGGAGUAUGAUUCCACCAGCAUGGACGUCGGCAUCACCCUGCCGCUCUCCUGGCUUGUGCGCGAGCGCAUCAUCAACCUGCACCUGGACAUGCAGGGCAACACGCGAACCCGCGCUUCCCUGAUGAUGCUCAAGGACGUGGUGCGCAUCUGCGUCCAAGCGCACUACCAGCGCGCUAGAUUCACCGUUACGCAACAGAGCCCCUUGCAGACAAUCGUGUUCUUUGAAGUCAGCCCGCACCCACAAUCUCCACGCCCAGCCUCGCCACCGCAAUCACCAAGUACGACUGCAGGUGGUGCCGAGCAGCAGCAGCAGCAGCAGCAGCAGCACGAGGAGGAGGAGAAGGAUGGGUGUUCUCGCAGCGGCGGUGGUGGCGGUGGUGGUGAUGGCGAGAAGGGGAUGGAGGGUGUUGAGGGCGGUGGCAGCCGUGCACCACGCCGGCAUGGGCGGGCGCACUGCCACGACGAUGGAAGCCAGAGCGGCCAGAACAACGGGGAGGAGAUUAUCGUAUCGGAGGAGCUGCGUGUGCUGACGCAGUUGCGAUCGCACAUGUUCCGGCCGCGUCGGGCCCGCCGUGGCCGCAAGAAGCCGUCUGCUGCACACAAUCAGGCCUCCAUUGCGCAGGCGCUGGAGGAUCUCUCCGACGGCGAAAUCAAGAGGUGGCCACGCACUCUGUGUGUGCCGCCCCUCCCCGCUGUCGCCACACCAACCGUCACCGUCAAGUACACGCACGCACCCAUCUUUAUCGGAGGCCGCUACAACAAGCUGGUGCGCGGGGUGUCCCAGACGCCGUGGUUCAUUGGCAGCGGCCGUCGUGGCGACACAUCUGUGCAGGAGCUUGUGACGGGCGAGCUGGAGGCGCUGGUGAAGACGGACGAGGUCAAGUUCAGCUCCGCCGGGCGAGAGGACUGCGAUGUGCGGAUGCUGGGCACGGGCCGUCCGUUUGUGCUCGAAUUCGUCAAUCCGCGACGCAUCGCCGCCCUCACAGCCGAUGUCCUCGCACAGCACCAGGCCGACGUGAACGGGAUGGAAGGGUCAAAGGUGCGGGUGCGCGACCUUCGACUUGUGGACAAGAGUGACGUGGCGCUUCUGCACGAAGGACAGGAGAAGAAGAAAAAGACAUACGCGUGCCCAAUCUGGACCGAAACGCCGCUGACACAACAACAGAUGGACACCAUCAACAGCACACAGGAUCUUCUGCUGCACCAGAAAACGCCGAUGCGCGUGUGUCACCGCCGAACACUCAUGACCCGCGAGCGCCUCGUUCACAGGAUGCACAUACAGCCUUUGAAACCGCACUUUUACCUGUUGGAGCUGUGCACGCAAUCUGGGACGUACAUCAAGGAGUUUGUGCACGGCGACCUGGGUCGCACCACCCCCAAUAUGCGCUCCAUCCUCGGCUGUAAUGUCGACAUCCUCAGCCUCGACGUCGUGGACGUGGAUCUGGCGUGGCCACCAAAGUCGGCGUCUUCAUCGUCGCCAGCGCCAGCGCCAGUGCAAGCGCAAGAACGCGCACAGGAAGCCGCCAGCUGA